AUGGUUCUCGAGGCGGUGUGGCCUAUUUUGGCGCGACCUUGUCCAGCUGAGAGGGAAAGAGGCAAGAGCAGGUCACCCGCACAGCAACCGGGGGCUGGAGAGGGCUGGCGUGGCCUGCCGAGGGAGGUGAUGGCCUGCUGGAGGAUAUGGGCGCUGUUCUCGUUGCUUGUCCUCCCUGGUAACUCGUCGCAGUGUGCGAAAAAAGAGGGGUCAAACUGGCAUGUUUUUCAAAACGCGAUAGAGGCUGCCGGACUCGCUGGGGAGGAUGGAAUCGCGAACAUCUUGGCGGACCUCCGCACCGGAGCCUUGAGCCAGCCCGUACCCCACACAUACGUAAUUGUCGGGGGCGGGGAAUGGGGGCCUAGGGUGGUGGCCGAGGCGCUGCUGGAUUCUGUGUACGAGCGCUGGUCGAACGAUGUUGUCGUGCUGGACAUGGAGGAGCAAGCAGCUUUCUGGGGUCCGUCUAGCAACCUUGAUGAAGCACAAGAACAGCUGAACAGGCAGCUAUGUGUCGCGAUUAAACGGUGCGUGGGUAGGGCCGUGGUGGUGUUGGACAACGUGCAUCUCCUGCAAGGGGAAGACUUGAGAGUGCUGGACACCAUGCUGUCGCUCACAGACGGGCGCAAGUCGAACAUGGAGUGCAACGGCCACAAGGUUAGCGGAGAAGGGUGCCUGUUCUUGCUCCUGCUAAACGAAGAGGGAUCGGAGGGCAUGAAACGGCUGUCGGGGAAGGAUCGACUGCUGAGCGCAUGGGAGUUCAGAGGUAUGGAGUUCACGACCAGGGCAUUUGUCGGGCGGGUGGACGUGGCGGUCAGCCUGUCAAAGGAGCCGACCUUCGUUCCCGCGGAGACCAAGUCCGCCUGGCAGGACGCGAGGAAAGGACCUGCUCCCGAAGGGGUGCUCGACCGAGCCAAUGGCGUCUGGCGGGAGGUGGUCAAGGUUGAGCGGGGGAUCAGGACGGCUUUGAGAGAGAUGGAUCGAGAAACGCUACAGGCCGUCGGUGUCGUUGCUGCUGCCGCGGUUUUGGCCUGUGCCGUCUACUUCCGUGAGGCCGCAUUAGGCGCGAUCGGCACCAUCGGCGGAGCGACGAAAGGGGGCUCCCCGGGCGACUCCGAGGGUGGUGGUAAUGACAAGAAGAAAGGCCCCGGUCGCAUCAAGGACAAGGCAGUCGGUUCGAGGGGGGGCAGCGGAAACGACGACUCAUCAGAAACAACAGCAGACGGUGUAGAGUGCCAUGCCCCGGGCGACUCGGACGGCCCAAGCAUGACGGUAACCCGUAAUCGAGGCCGACACCCGGUCGAAACUGGCACCCACGGUCCCGGCACAUAAUCGACCAUUAUUGCACCAUGAGCACCAGUAGACGCAGGCGGGGGUAAGCGUAGGCUUGCCUCGGCGGGCGGCCGCCAAACCGGGCCCCUUGAAAAGUUUUCAGCAGUAUUCUCGCGUCUUGCCUGUCUCACGGGCUGCAACCCACCGGUUGUCGCCUGGUACGUGUGGAGCUACCCGAGCGACUUCUUCCUACUGUAGACUGCCGUCUUUGAUGCGAGGACAACGGUUUCGGUGAAAUUUUGAGGGGGGUGCAGUACUACUGUUGUUCGAGCUCGAGGAGUAUUGUAUGCAACCCAGUAAACACAUGCCACAGUAGGGGGGGGUGGAACCUGAUUGUUCGUGGCUGCAAGGAACGCUUGAGUGGCUGAAAAGUCAUAGUUUCAUGGGAAGGCAGUGCGUGCUUACUACAGCAUUGGACGCCCACGCCGUUCAUUUCGCAUGUUUGCCGGCUUCAGACGCUAUCAUUCUGCCAAGGUCACGAGGUGAAUGCAGUUGAAAUUCAAUUCCAAGGACUUCCCCGGUGGUCACGGGUCCUUCGGAGCGUACCUAUUCAACAGAGGUAGGUGCCGUUCUCAAUAUCUCGAGGAACUAUGAUAGUUCGGUAGACUGACACAUGGCGCCGUGCUUCGAUGAAAGGAACCAAAGCUUUGUUGCCGGCGCUUGUGUGAAAUACACGAGUUCAGUCAACGUGGUGGAAGUGGUGUUGUUGUACCGGUCAGGAAUGUGUUAUUUCGCGGCUCAGUCCAAGAUUUAGAAGUCUAGAAUUGGCUUGCGUCGAACUCCCUUCGCCAAGUUCCUCAUCAUACUUUGGGAUGCACUGUUACUGUUUACAACGACCAUCCUCAAGGACUACUGUAAACAACAUAUUCG